AUGUCAACAAAUCAUCAAUUAGCAUCAGCAGAAGGGGAAACAUCAACACAAACACCUGCCAACAAUAUUGGUCAUAUCGGUCCAAAAAAUCGCCCUCCACCGAGCGCCUAUUUAAAAUCUCAUAAAAAUAUAACAUUCUCAUAUGCAAGUGGCACGACGUCAUUCCAAACAGGUCAAUUAGGUGACUCGGAUACAUAUCUCGUCGGUACUGUGCAUCUGAAUUAUGGCCAACCACGUCAGAUUCGUAGUGUCAUAUUGCAUUUAAAAGGCGCGGAAAAAACAUCAUGGUAUAAAGCACAAGCCAGAUCAAAAGCAUUGUACAUGGGUGAACAUAUUCUCGCGGAUAUUACCUUCAAGAUUUGGGAAACGGAGGAUCAACGAGAAAUUCAAACCCUUGAUAUCCCUUUCAAAGUAAAACUUCCAUAUAAUCUGCCGGAGACUGUAACUACUGAUAUUGGCACUGUGAAUUAUGUCCUUCGUGCCACUGUUAAUCGCAAGGGGAACAUGGUGAUUGCAAAUAACCAGAUUGUUGAGGUUUAUUGUCCUUUGAAAAAGACUUUGGUCAUAGAUAAUCAGAAUAACGCAUCCUAUAAGCUACGCGGUGAAUCUCGUAGCGGUCUCGACUAUACGUUUGUUUUACCGCCGAAUAAAAUUCUUAAUCUUGGAACAUAUGUCUCAAUUCCAAUGCGCAUCAGAUUCCUUAGACCUGGUAUUAGUGUUGAAAGAGUGGAGAUUCAAUUAAAAACUUGCAUGGAUUUCCGAUGCAAUAAUCCGAACGAAACACGUCAUAUAAAGGAACCAGCUGCUACGCUAAUCGUUCCACGUCAAGAAAUUCGAUAUGUACAACCGGUUGCAAGUGAUUAUGAUGGUGAAUGUGUGCACACUAUCAACUUGUUUAUUCCGAGAAGUGUACAGCCAACUUAUUCUGGUCGAUUUAUCAGUAUCACUCAUCAACUUCAAGUCAAAUUUUGCUUAUGGGGUGCUGAUAUGGAUUUCCAAGUGGAGGAAAGUGUGCGAGUUGCAAAUAUCUUGGAGAAAAAUGCACCUCAGGGUGAUCAACAAAUUCAGCCACCUGCACCUGCACUUCCUGCAUCUCCACAUCCAUCAAAUUCAACUAUUCUGUCGAAUAAUUUGACUGUUAAUAUUCCUCAAACACAAACUAUGAAUGCUGGACAUAUUCCAACACCACCUCCUAUAGCUGCUGGACACAGGCCAUUUGAUAGUGUGUAUGGAGUGUAUCCAAUUUCGUCAACGAAUGUUUACAAUCCUCAGAUUUCUCUUGCUGGCGAAACGUCAAUAGAUCCACGUGAUACAAAACUACGAGGCAUUGAUCCUCGUUUUCUUUCAUAUGUACCUAUGACUGACAACCGUUUAUAUCAAGGGAAUCAUCAGGCAAUGCAGCAUGCACACUAUCAGGCUCAACAGCAACAAUUGCAACAAGUUGCACAGGCUCAGCAGCAACAAUUGCAACAAGCUCAGCAUCAAAUGUCAUCUCCACGUGAUAGAAGUCCUUCCCAAUCAUCAACUAAUAUGGAUUUGCCACCGCCAUUUCCAUACGACGGGUAUGCUCUGCUCAAAAAUCAGUUCAAUAAUCAAUCGUAUUUUCUUCAUAAUCAUCCAUCAUUAUUAUCUCACCUUAAUUCUAAAAAUGCAUAUGAUGAUAUAUCUACCAUUGAUGCUUACAUUCAAUACCAACAAAAUGCUGCUGCCGUUCUUCAUAAAACACUAAAACAUCAUAGACCUGCCGCUCCAAAAACCCCGCCGGUUCAUCCUCCUCCUCCCGUCUCCCCGAUCACGAAUAUAUUGACCAAUGCGAUUGUUCCCCCUGGUCAGCUAACCGGUAACGAUGAAAAAUCACCGCCGUAUCAGCCUUACCAAACCCCGCUCUCACCGCCACCUUAUCGUCAGCCGCAAUUACAAUCACAAUCACAAGUUCGUCAAUACAUUGAUGCAAACACUGCUUAUGCUUAUGAUUUCGAUGAUUAA